AUGGAAAGUGCCACUGUUACGACUUCUGCCCUGAUUUGUGUGGACGGAUACACCUAUAGUCAUACUUGUGAUCUCUAUCGCAACAUCUGCUACUGUCGUGAAGGCGACCCGCGCUGUGGUGAUGAACGCUACUUUGGAGGUCAUCGUGCAGACACAGAUUCAAUAAUUCGCUAUUUCUCAGAGUGUCAAGAACUUACCACCAAGUGCAAUUGGGCAGCACAACAGCGAUACUUCAAGUACCAAUUCGUGGUCUGGCUUCAACAACUCAUUCGCUCCCCCAAUGGCGGGUCAGAUCCCCGCAAUGUGCUCUUACGUCCAAGGUCUCCACACGACUGGCUAACGCUAGAUAGUGUUGUUUCCAAAACUAUUGGGCGAAACGGCGAGAACUCCGGUCCACUUCUCAGUUUUGUCUUCUGUGAAUUGGAUGUCGACAAGAGUGGUAUGAUUGAGGAGCGAGAAUUGGCAAUGUUGACUCAAGUGGCCCUUCCAACCCUGGCAUGUCUGGAGAUUUUCCUAGGAAGUUGUAUCAGUGGACGGACAAUUAGCCGCGAUGCUUGGUUCAACUGUUUUGAAAUCGAUUAUCGUGAUACUUUGAGUUGUUCAAACUUCGUUUGA